CUCGCUGCUGGCUCAGCACUUUCAGGAGCCGCAACUUGCUCGCCAAUAAGGAAGUUGAAAGCAACCAGGAGAAGGGCAGGCACUGGGGCGGAGCUUGUGGUGAAGUUCUCGGCUGGGAUUACCAGGGGCAGGCUGACUCUCCCUAGGACAAAAAGCCUUUUAUCCACGGGGAUAAAUACAGAAGUCCCAGAAGAGCAGCCUCCCGGCCCGUGUGUAGUAAGGUGCGCAGCCUCCGCUGCUGCUGGUGGUAAACCUCCGCAGACUUUGCUACGGUUGCCCUGGGCUUUUCCUUCGUCGUCAAAACCGGAAGGAGGGCACAGUGACCUGAAAGCAACCAAGUGUGCUCUCUCUGCAGCCAAGGAGUCUGGCUCCCUGGUCCUAUCGCUCUCUGUCCUGUAAAUUAAGAGCGGGUGGAGUGGAUGAACUGAGCAAACAGGGGAAGGUAACAAAAGUCCGAACUUCCAUUGAGGGCAUUGCUGAGACAUGGAGGACGUUGGUAAUUCUCUGAAUGGCAGUGAUGUCUCAGAACCUGAGAAACCUGAAACUGGACUUGAAAUGGCUCAGUCCAUCCUGAGUAAGUUCUCUAUGAAAUCCCUGUUUGGAUUUACGAGUAAAUUGGAAUCCGUGAAGCCAGAAGAGGAAGAUGCUGUGCUAAAAGCAUUCCAAAGCUUAGAUUUGGAUCCCACACCUGGGCAGGAUGACCCCAGCAGUAGCUCGGGUCAGCAGGAGGCAGAAGCUCAGGUUCCACCUGACCUCCAAAAUGAUGGGAAUCCUGGAAGGGAGGAGACUGAGUCAGAGGGAAGCCCGGGAAAAGCAGAAGCAGGGACUCCUCUCCCUGGUCAAGAGCUUCCACUCCCUACGUUGGGUGUUAACACAGCUGAUGUCAUUUUGGUUCGUGGGACCCUCGUCCACACCACCAGUGAUUCGGACACUGAUAAUGAUGACCAGGAGCCAGAAGAGGGAAGCAGCUCAAAGACCCCCGGUGUUGUUUUAUCCGAGCCAUCCCAAGAGCCUGAAGAAAUCCCAGGAGAUUCUAGGGAAAAGAUUGCCACUGGAGAGCCAGACAGUGCGGGACGCUGUGCAGAAGGUCCGCAAAGGACUCCACCUGAGAUAAGUGGCAAGUCAGAAUCUAGUGAUGGUGGCCUUCAGUCAGAGCACAGGCCCAACCAGGCCAAGGCUAGAGAAGAAGGUUCCCACGUCCCACCUGGAGCAGCAAAUCAGAGCGUUAGCGUUGGAGUCACUGAGAGUGCCUCUUCCAAAAAAGUCCCUGGGGAGAAGACGUUCCAGCUUCCAGCUUUCUUUAGUGGGCUUCGUGUGCUAAAGAAAGGGGCUGUGACUGAGGGAGGAGAGACCAUCACCGAAAUUAAACCAAAGGAUGGGGACCUGGCUUUGCUCAAAUUGACCCAGCCUGUUCAGAAAUCCCUAGCUCAGGCAGCGCUGCUGCCAGUGAAGAAUGGGGAAAAAACAACUGAACUGAAGGCAGCUCCUACUCUCCUGGAGCAACUCUCUCAACUGCUCAACAUUGAUGUGCCCAAAACCGAACUCAAGGCAGAAGACCCUGAGCCAUCAAGGGGAGGAGAGGUGGGCUGCAGCACUGACCAGGAGAGCCAGAGCGGCCCUGGAGAAGCCCAAACCCCGGGUGGAGAGGUCAAGCCAAAGCCACCAGAGACUGCCCUGGAGGCCUUUAAAGCCUUAUUCAUCCGUCCCCCCAAAAAGGGGACCACCACCGAUACCUCUGAGCUAGAAGCUCUCAAGCGCAAGAUGAGACACGAGAAGGAGUCACUAAGAGCUGUUUUUGAAAGGUCCAAGUCAAGGCCAGCGGAGGGUCCCUCUGAUUCCAAAAGCCCAGACCAGAGCCCCACAGAGCAGGACGACAGGACUCCUGGCAGACUCCAAGCUGUCUGGCCACCCCCAAAGACAAAAGACACCGAAGAAAAAGUGGGAUUGAAGUACACUGAAGCAGAGUACCAAGCUGCUAUUUUACACUUGAAGAGAGAACACAAACAAGAAAUUGAAAACCUGCAGACCCAAUUUGAACUUAAAGCCUUUCAUAUCCGGGGCGAGCACGCAGCGGUAACGGCGAGACUAGAAGAGACCAUUGAGAAUCUCAAGCAUGAGUUAGAACACCGAUGGCGAGGAGGGUGUGGAGAGAUGAGAGAUGCGUGCAUCUCCACCGACGAAGACAGCCUUCCAAAGACCUACAGAAAUGUGUGCGUCCAGACAGAUAGGGAGACCUUCCUCAAACCCUGCGAAGGUGAAAGCAAGACAACCAAAAGUAACCAAAUAAUACCCAAAAAGCUGAAUAUCUCCUCUUUAAGCCAGCUCUCUCCCACGAGUGACAACAAAGACAUCCAUGCCCCACUUCAGUCUGUGGAAAGCAUCUCAUCUAAUCAGCAGAAGGCAUCACCUCCCCCUCCUGCACCACCUCUGCCAGCCCCUAUCCCUCCCCCUCCUCCACUUCCACCUGGACUGGGACCUUUGCCACCAGCACCUCCUACACCACCUGUGAGUGCUGGGCUGCCACCACCGCCACCUCCCCCACCUCCUCUACCUCCAAGUGCUGGGCCUCCCCCACCUCCUCUACCUCCAAGUGCUGGGCCUCCCCCACCUCCUCUACCUCCAAGUGCUGGGCCUCCCCCACCUCCUCCUCCGCCUCCACUUCCUAACUUACCUCCUCUGCCUAACAGCGGGGGGCCCCCUCCUGCUCCAACACCCCCAGGACUUGUACCCCCACCUCCUCCUGGACUCUUCUUUGGAGUUGGAUCUCCUUCCAGCCAGUGUCCUCGAAAGCCAGCCAUUGAGCCCAGCUGUCCCAUGAAGCCUUUGUAUUGGACUAGAAUACAGAUAAGUGAUAGGAGCCAAAAUGCUACACCAACCUUAUGGGAUUCUUUAGAAGAACCUGAUAUUCGGGAUACUAGCGAAUUUGAGUAUUUAUUCUCCAAAGACACAACUCAGCAGAAGAAAAAACCCCUGUCAGAGACCUAUGAGAAAAAAAACAAGGUUAAAAAGAUCAUCAAGUUGUUGGACGGAAAACGGUCUCAAGCUGUGGGGAUCUUGAUAUCUAGUUUGCAUUUAGAAAUGAAGGACAUCCAGCAGGCCAUUUUCAAUGUGGAUGACUCUGUGGUGGAUCUGGAGACGCUGGCGGCCCUGUAUGAAAACAGAGCCCAAGAGGAUGAAUUGGUUAAAAUAAGAAAGUAUUAUGAGACAUCCAAAGAAGAAGAAUUGAAACUGCUGGAUAAACCUGAACAAUUUUUACACGAGUUAGCCCAGAUCCCCAAUUUUGCUGAACGUGCCCAGUGUAUAAUCUUCAGAUCUGUCUUUUCUGAGGGUAUCACCUCCUUGCACCGAAAGGUAGAAAUCAUCACAGGAGCUUCUAAGGGUUUGCUGCACAUGAAGAGUGUGAAGGAUAUUUUAGCUCUCAUUCUCGCUUUUGGAAAUUAUAUGAAUGGAGGAAACAGGACUCGGGGACAAGCAGAUGGAUACAGCUUAGAAAUUCUGCCUAAACUCAAGGAUGUCAAAAGUCGGAAUACUGGGAUUAAUCUGGUGGAUUAUGUUGUGAAGUAUUACCUGCGUUACUAUGACCAGGAAGCGGGAACAGAAAAGAGUAUUUUUCCCCUGCCUGAGCCACAAGAUUUCUUUCUGGCCUCCCAAGUCAAAUUUGAAGAUCUCAUAAAAGAUUUGAGGAAACUGAAGAGGCAACUAGAAGCCAGUGAGAAGCAGAUGAUGGUGGUAUGCAAGGAGUCUCCAAAGGAAUACCUCCAGCCUUUCAAGGACAAGUUAGAAGACUUCUUCCAGAAAGCCAAAAAGGAACAUAAAAUGGAAGAAGGUCACUUGGAGAAUGCACAGAAGAGUUUUGAAACAACAGUAGGAUAUUUUGGGAUGAAGCCCAAAUCUGGUGAGAAGGAGAUCACGCCCAGCUAUGUGUUUACCGUGUGGUACGAGUUCUGCAGUGACUUCAAGACGAUUUGGAAAAGGGAGAGUAAAAACAUAUCUAAAGAAAGAUUGAAAAUGGCUCAGGAAUCAGUUAGCAAGUUGACUUCGGAGAAGAAAGUGGAGACGAAGAAAAUCAAUCCCACAGCUAGUCUGAAAGAAAGACUGCGUCAGAAGGAAGCUAGUGUGACCACCAACUAAAGCAGAGAUUCAUGAAGUGCUGACAGUGGGGAUGUAGUUGCUCGCAUGAUCCUUUGCAACAACAGUGGCACGGGAGUGCUUGAAAGAUUGUCACUAAAUGUUUGUUUUGUUCAUCUCUUUCUGAAGUCAUCUGAGGAGAGCACCCUGUGCCUUCUUAAAGAAGUUCCUUAUUAAGCCAUAGGAACAAUGAAAAGCUAUUUAAGGGGACAUUGCAGUAGUAUUUAAUAUUUGUUUCUUGGAGAAGUCCAAAAUCUACUCCGGUAUAAGAGCUGAGAAAAUAUCAAGGUUUUUCAAAUUUUUGAAGAAGUUGAGACAUCAACCUCUCUAACCCAAGCUUGAUAUAUGUAAACUUGUCACAAAAGAAGAGAAGGACCCUUUAUAACAAUUGGUUUGUGAUAUUUCAAGCCUCAGAUUUUUACACAUUGCUGUUUUGAUUAUUAGUCUUAAUUUUUAUCUUAAUUUUGUUGCAGCAAAUCCUGAAUGAUCUUUUUCACUAAAAAAAAAGAUGAAAUUUUACCAAAACUAUUUCUUAAGAAGUCUAAGUCAGUGUAUUUUGCAGACUAGAGAAGUAUUUUGUUCAUGUAAUGGGUUUUUUUAAUGGAAGGGAGAGAAAAUGGAAUUGAGGGAGAAAUAGCCAUAUACUUCAUCUCAAAGAAUGAGUUAUGAUACAGGGAGUGGACAUCAGCCAAUGAAUGAGGCUCAUUGUUUUUAUUUAUGCCGGUGUAAUGUGGUAUUCUGGACCAGCAGGGAUUCUGCGCCCCAACUCCCAGGAGAAAUGGUGACACCUGAGCCAGGACAGCCAUGGGGUCAGUGCACCUGCUGGACGAGAUACCCAGUGAUAGAAGCACCUUUUACAUUUCAGGCCAGUUGUGAAUGGGUAAUGCCUUGUUGACGUACAGCUCAUCUCCACACACAUCCUAUUCUGUGACUGUGUGGCUGGACCCCUCCCUCCACACCCAGGAGGCAGUUUCCAGACAGGAGAACAAAUGCUACUCAAAGUCUUCGAUAAUGACCUUGGCCGAUUGACAUGUGAAGUAGGGUGAUGCAGAGGUCUUUGAUGUUGAAAAAAAUAAGUUCAGGAAAAAAAGUUCAUUACAUCAAAAUGAAAAGAAGGUGAUUACUUUAAUAUUAAACUUUGCGUAGAAUGUUUUACAUGGACAGAUGUUCCUGGCCCUGGAACCUAUAUAACCACUGCCUCUUGAGUCACAGAGAGUAACCACCUUUGACAGCUCCUCUGACAUGUUCCUCCUUAAACAAGUACCACCCUUUGAAUCUGUCUUGUCAGGGAGGAAAAAAGAGGACUGAGUGUGAAUUGAGAACAAGUUCAAAGGCUGUCAUUUCUAGGCCUUGAAGGGAGAGGGGUCCAAGCUUUCUCCUCCAAUUGGUGGAGGACAGGCUAGAGAUGAGCAAGGACCUUGACUCUCCUCCCAACCCCACUGCCGCAUGUAGCCUUCCCUUUGCCCCAGCAUCUUUUCAGAGCCUAUUAACUUACCAGGUGCUUCCCCAGGAUAUGCCUGCUAGUCAUCAGCCCCCUCAGGGAUCACUAUAAUAGACUCAACAAAUCAGAACAGCACUGUGUUCUAAUCUAAUGAAAUUCUCCAGAAUGAAGAGUGCACAAUCAGGAUGAAAUCACAUCCCAGAAGCCAUAUUCAUGCAGGUGCUAACGCCUUCUCCAGCAGUUCAAAAGAACGGAAUAUGAUGACAUGUUGGUUUUUAUUACUAUUCUUCAAAAUAACGAGAAGAGAAAAGCAAGAUAGAAAAAUUGGUAUAGAACUUCCGUGGUGAAAAAGGCUUGACGUUGCUUCCAAGUGAGAAGAUUUUCAUAUUGCUUUCUUAUGUGGUUUCUCUUUAUUUUCACUUAACUGUGAAGAAAGCCAAGGGAAAACAUCGAUUUAAAACAAAUUCCACUUAGAGCCAUCCUGUGCUUCAUGACGUUCCUUCUAGUGUUAUCAUGCAGAAGAAAAGUACCAGAUCCUACCCAUGCCAUGGAAAUCAACUCUGAGUUCAAUGAGAUGGGUAUAAGUCUAGGUCCUUAUGGGUCUCUAUAAAGACCCAUAAGGACCUAGACCCAUACGGGAGAGAGCAGCAGGAGGUUUUCAGUGGAAUCACUGUGAUCCACUCAGGUUUCUUAAAUAAGAUGUUCACAAGUAAACCAUUGAAGGUAAGCAGGCAUAUUACCUUGGCCGUAUAACCCUGCAAGGACAUGCUCUCAGGGAACCAAUGCUGAAAAAUAAGGAGUGGAAACAUUUAAUUUGAAAGUUAGACAAAUGCAACCCAAGUUGGAUUUCAUCCUAGUUGACAGAGUAGAAGUUGGCAGUAUAAUGCCUAUUUUUAAGGAACCUACCUCUGUCAGGGAAGCCUGGUGGCUUUGUAACACUAGUCCAAUAUAGCAAAGAGUGUUAGGGCUUUAAGACACCAUCGAACCAUGCAGUAGAUUUCUGUGAUGCCUCGCCCAACUGCACAGGUGCACUGCAUAGUUGACACAGCCUUCAUGUCAAACUUAAGUUGGUGCUCAGUAAAGGUUUGCAAGAGUCUUUUCAAGGUGGGCCAUCUAAAACAAUUUGGAGCCCUUUAAAAUGAUCCUUCUAAAAUGCAGUUGGGUUGUGUUAAAUACAAGAGGUGUCUCUGCACUUUUCAUGGAAAGGAGGUGGUUGGGAGAUGAUUUCAGAGCGUGAGCAUUUCAAGCAAGUGGGGUUUAAGUGGCUGCCUCUGGGCACAACCCUCCCUGAACUAGAAAGCAGGGUGGCCAGGAUUGCUACCUGUGUUUAACCAGACACACCUGACUUACUACUAGUACGACUGUAAUAAACUAUAACUUAAGCACAUCUUGAUCUCUUCCUGUCCAGGAGUCAUUAAAUCUGAGGGUAGAAUUGGAUAGUAAUUCAUAUUCUUGUAGGAGCAAUUGGCAGUAAUCAUCAAGCAUGUGGAUAUUUUACAUAUUAGCGCUGAAGCAUUGAGAUAUUCAAACAUAUUGGGUAGAAAUCAUCAGUCCCAGGAGGUGUCAAAGCUCAGGUUAGAAGGAGGUAUGCUGUAUGGCUUUUAAUCUAAGAAGAGGCAGUUUAUCAUAAAAAUAAAAAAGGAGAAGUGUGGCCAAGCAGAAAUGGAAGUGGAUGAUGAUGAUGGAAGGCCCAGAGGUCACACACCGUGGCCCGCUGUCAAACAGCUGCCUUUUGAAUCCUUGAGAUUAUGUCUCUGAUGUCUCUUCAGAUGUUUCCUGAAACUACUUAGGAACUCGGGAGAGAGAAUUUCUGAAAUCUAGGAAGCAGAAUAAGGAACCUCAUGGUGCUAUUACAUCUUUAAAUGGUCUAGCCGAAACAAAUUGCCAACAUGGUUGAGGAGUUGAAUGUCAGAUUGGGUGCUGAUCUUUUUUUUUUUCCCCCAGUAUGGAUAAUACAAGCUGCAAGCCUGCCAAGCCCCUCCUUUGUCCAGAAGCUCCAUAAAGAAGGGCAUUUCUUAAACAAAAAGCUUAUGGGCUCCUGAUGGGGAAACUGGAACUGAUGGAAGGAAUAAAACUCUAGUAGUCUUGGACAGUUCAGCCAGAUAGAGAAGCAAUCAGUCAAUAGGUUCUUCCAAGGACCACAGUCAGAUGUAGCAGAAAAACUCUAAUGUAUUUUUAGUAAAGUGUUGCCCACUGGCCUGUGAUUGCAUGUCUCUCUACUAUGAAAUCCAGCAUUGUAGAAGUCCUAACUAAGCACAUAAGGAUUUGAACAGCUGUGAUGGCUGAUGGACAUGAACAAAGUCAGAGCUGUCUACUGCCCACCUGAGACUUCACCCUGAACCAGUCAUCUUUUAGAGUGUGGAUCUGAAAGAGCCAAGGAUUGACCUGAAUAGUUUACUUUUGAAAAAGUAACUACAAGAAGAUCGAAUAAAGAAAUGAACUUUUGUUCAUGUCCGCUAUUUUGUCCUCAAAUAGAAAUCUGCAACAAAAGUGAGACAAGUCUAUGUGGACAGAUUGUUAGGAUUAAAAGAGAACAGAGAAUUUUUAGCAUUUCCAAACUGCAGAUAGCUUGUUGGAUAUCUUUCUGUUUUUAAUCUGUUUUUUUCUAUAGCGAGAAACAAUCCAGCCACUUGGAAACUUCUCUUAUUAUUUGUGCAGCAGUGGCUUAAAGGAAAGCACCUGCAGAAACAGGCCUCAACAGAUCUUUUUCCUUUAGAUUUUACAUAACAGUAUUUAUAACUCCGUUAGCAAUUUAAUCCAGUUACAACCAGGCUCGGUUGCAGAGUUGUGCGUGACUGAGAGGCCCAUUUUGGUCAUUUCUGCACACCCUGUCAGCUGUUGACACCUUGUUAAAGACACUGAAUUUUAGUUCCAUAAUUCGUUUCUCCUCCCAAGGAGUUGGGCAAUCUACCAAGCUCUCUCAGAUCAACACUUUGCUAGGAAAGUAGUAAAUUUAAGAGAGUUCUAACAUGUCAGACUUGAAGCCAAUUCGGUAGUCUUGUUUGUUCCAAGACUCUUAACACUGUGAUAUAAAUUUAGCAUUUGGGAAAUUUGCAUAGUUAACUUAUUUGGAAGCAUGAAGAUAUUAAAAUGGCGUUAGCUGACUCUGUCUCAUAACUCACCACGCAGGUACCAAGGAAGAAAUUAGGGAGGCAAAGCAAGCCUUACUCACCAAGUCAUCUGUCCUCAACUGGAGCUUAUGGCACUCAUUUCCCUCUCUACCCUCAGCCCUCUCCCAACUACCCUGGUGGUAAAGGUAGCAUACAGGACAUUGUCCUCCUCAUUCUUCCAUUCCAUGACAUGGUGGUUCACUUCAGUAAAGAGCUCAAAUGAACUCCAGACUUUAUUCCACCUUACAUCUUUGAAGUACUUGUUAGUGAAUAUCUUCUCCAAUCUAAGACCUUGGGCAUGCUGACUUAAUCUCAAUGUUUUUUUAUAUGGAAGUGAUGGAUAAAGCCAUCAAUUUAUUCUUCUACACUUCAUGUACGUUCAUAUAAUUUUCUCUUUUUAAUCUUCUCUUAAAUAGGCUAAGAAACUCCAGUAUGUCUCCUUUUCCAUAGACUGAUCAAAAUAGUUCAUGGACUUUUUUUUUUUUCCUUGCUUUUUUGUGAAACUUGACAGCAUUGUGCUAGCAAAAUGCAAAUGAAGCCGUCACUUCCAGCUUCCAAAUUUGGAGAUUCACCUCCAAAUAAUUUGGCAUCCUUCGUGGAGUAAACAGCAUCCUACCACUCUUAGGCUGCCAACUAGGCUGAACAGCUCUCUAUAUUCUAUCUGUGCAGAUACCAAUGGCCUCUCUCUUUGAAGCUGUAAAAAUGUGUGAAAAGAAAAUUGACAUUUCUCUUCAUGUGUAGUAUGAGCUUUCAGUGCAUUAUCUUAGCAGAUCAAGAAAGGAACGAAAUGUUUUCAGGUGAAGUCAAUGUCUCUGGCAAAGUCGUACCUACUUUUCUUCAUGGUUCUCUUCUAGGUCCUUCCAUCCUCAUCUUGUGAAUCAAAUGUAUUCUUGAUUGUUCAGCUAGGUCAGCUUCCCAGGUCCACCUUUCCAACAUGAAAGGCAAAUCCCACGGGCCACUGAGUAUACGGAGAGAUUGCUGUCUACCUCGCCAUGACAUGGACAAUGGAUGUGUUCAGGAAUGAACAACUCCCUGGGAAGUCUUGGAAUGGAUUUUGAAUUCCAAAACUCUUUCUGUUAGCUGUAUAAAAGAGGUAUAUAGCAUACAAAAAUACUACUCUUCCAAAUAAGGGACUAGAAGUGGAUUCAAAAUCUUUACAUUUUAGAUAAGUUGGAGUGAACUAUAAAUAGCUCAUUUUUUUCCCUUCUUGGCAACGUAUCCCUUCCUGUAAUCUUAUUUCUUCAGAUCUGAUCACCAAGGCAUAAAGAAGGCAGCCUCAGCUCCACUGAGCUUUUACUCUGCAUAACCCAAAGAUGUCCAUUUCCUUUGGAAACAUAUCCAUGGGUGGGGGAGGGGUCUAGUAUCAUUUCUCCUGUCUGCCCAGGGUGACACAAAUAGGAUUUUUUUUUUUGGGGGCGGGGGGUGUCUACCAAAGGGACUAUUUUAAAUCAUUAAUUUUAUAAUCCUGUAAUUAUACAGAAUCCCAAGAUAUAAAUAAUGUGACUUUCCUGUCAGUUGACUGGAUGUGUAAUCUUCAAAUUUAUAAGCAUUAAGAAAAAAGGACUUCCCUCUAGAGAAACAAUCUAAGAUGUUCCUCAAAAGGCAGAAACUUUUACAACUUGUAAACUUUUUAAAUUUUAAACUUGAAUAAUUUUUAAGACUCUGUGGAGAAAACAUGUCAUUGAUUAAUCAUAACCUUUUCCUUUUAUUGAGUUUUAAUUUAAACAAGCAUGGGAAGCAAGGUACCCCUGGACUUUGAUUUAGGGAAUUGUGCUUUGGCCUGGAAAACAAGCACUGGUCUGCAUGCCCAGAACCUACGUGAAAUCAGUCAGCAUGCUAAUACUAAUUAGGCCCAAGAGAAAUGUAAAUUAUUUCAAGUCCUUCAGGGUUUAACUUCCUUAGCAACACCUUAGACACUGAUUACUGACUGCAUUUGAGCCAUGCAGUUGUUUGUCUCCACUUGGCCUUGUGAGAUUGCAAGCAAUGGGCUGAUGGAGAAAAACAGGAGAUGGGGGAGAAGGAAAAUCUGGACAAGUGCACGUUUGCUGAUGUGGCACAUUGUUGGAGAGCUGGUGAUUUUCUGCCAUGGGGUAUGUUGGCAGGGUUUCAAUGGAAACUCAAGGAAUCUGUAUUAAGCAAAUGGGGGUGCCCCGUAUCUUGUAUUGGCCAGUGCCAGACAACAUGCUGAAAAGGCAGGUACCCUAAUGAGACUGGCCUGUUCUUGGCUUAAUGAUACUAUUCAACUUUGGAUUCAUUCCCAUGGGAAUGGUUGCUCGUGGCCUUCCUGUUUGCCUUUCCAAAAGCCAUGUGGGCAUCUGGCUUCAUUUCCAUUUUCUCCUUUCAGUAUUUCUCCUCCAGCUCCCCUUCCUUCACACCACACAGCCAUUCUUCCUUUACCCGUACAGCUUCUCCAGGACCUAGCGUUUUCACCUCUCUCCAUCAUAGAGAACCAAAUGUCUCCCUUUGUCCCGACUCCAUUCUUUCACACCUUCUGCUCCAUCCCUCAGCCCUUUGGAUAGGGAGCACUGCUGUCACCAACGAGCCCACGUAAGACACUGCUGUGAGUGCCUCUGUUAAUAUCAGUACCAUCUCAUCACUUAGCCAAAGAGGGGAAAAUCCAAAAAGGAGAUGGGAAAUGCGUUUCCUUUUUAUUGUACUUUAUUUUAAGGAGGUUGAGGGGAGGGUUGUUCUAGUCCUUCUCAGUUUCUAACAGAUUUUACUUCAAAACUGUCUAAUGAGAAGUCAUUCUUAUGAUAAAUUAUUAACCAGUCCUGGUCACCAUCUAUGGUGCAUAAGGCUAAAUUUUUUGAAUCUCAAAUGGCUUCCUAUGUUGCUGGACAAAUGGACUUAAUUCUGUGCAAACUUUUUGAAUCAUAAGGAUUUUUUUUAAUCACCACUCUAUUGUUACCACCACUCCUGAUUCAAGCAUCUACCCCAGACCUGACUCAGGAUGUUGACACCGUGUAGUUAUUUUCAGAUUAACAGUAACUGUUGCACUCUUUAAAGUACUUAGAAAGUGUAAGCUUGUCCUACAUAGUCAACCCUUUGACCUGUUGGCUUUGCUGUUUCAUUAAGUAUGAGAACAAUAUGUAGAUGUAAUCAUAAAGAAUUAGAAGCAGUAAUGUAGACAGUUUGAGAAAGGAGAAGGCAAGAAGGAUGAAACCUUGCUUUCAUGCUCUUGGAUAUUCUGAAAUGUAAUAAGCUAAUUGGAUUCAGGUAUUUUUUUUCCCUUUAAAUUUUUAAAAAUAUGUAUUUCUAAUUUGCAUAUUUAAUUUUUAUCAAAGCUGAGGCAUGCUCAUGAGUUGAAUUUGUAAAUGUCAUUUGCAACGAAAUGAGGUAUUUAUUUUUAAAAAGAAAGGGUGAAAGAACCAAAAUCGAUUUGUACAUAAUGAAAACUAUUUGUGUACAUAUGCCAUUUUUUCCUCCUCGGCACUACUGGUCAUGUCAAGUGUAUUUUUGUACAUAAUAUAUGUUGGUUAAAUAAUGUAGAUUGUCUAUUCAAAGAAUUCUAUCUCUGUCAUAGACUAUAUCCUAAUCUGUUGAUACCUCUGUUAAUUCGUUUUAAGAGAUAGAACUAUAUUUUUUGGAAUUUGCAGAGAAUUGCAUUCAUGGCUUCCAAUUGUAAGUAUGCUAAGGGUAUUUUAAUAAA